CUCCUCGGCUCUCCUUAGGCUCCGGCUCCUGAGGGCGGCGCGCCCCGAGGCACGCAGGCGGCUCCUAGGCUUGCUCCCACCCACCGUCCCUCCCCUCCGGGGACAGAAUGAGGGGGCUUGCUCCGCUGACAGCUCGCCAGUGUUUCUGAAGCAGGAGGAGGACGGAGGGGAGAGCCGCACGCCCUCUCUCCUGCCGUCCGCUGGGACCUGAGCUGAGAAGGAGCCAUGAAACCCGCUCCGUGGAGGAUCCUUCUCUCGUUGCUGCUGUGGCUCCUGCUGGAGUGUACAGAGGCCAAAAAACAUUGCUGGUAUUUUGAAGGAAUAUAUCCGACAUAUUAUAUAUGCCGUUCCUAUGAAGACUGCUGUGGGUCAAGAUGCUGUGUGCGGGCUCUGUCCAUACAGAGGCUCUGGUAUUUUUGGUUUCUACUGAUGAUGGGCGUUCUCUUCUGCUGUGGAGCUGGCUUCUUCAUCCGCAGGAGGAUGUACCCUCCACCACUAGUUGAAGAACCAACAUUUAAUGUGUCCUACACCAGGCAGCCCGCAAAUUCGACAGCAGGAGCCCAGCAACCAAGCAUGCCAUAUUACACUGAUCCUGGAGGAGCUGUGAUGAACCCAAUGGCGAUGGCUUUCCACGUCCAGCCCAACUCACCGCAGGGCACCCCAGUUUAUCCACCCCCACCCUCCUACUGUAAUACACCACCUCCCCCCUAUGAACAGGUGGUAAAGUCUGCCAAGUAGUGGUGAUGAAGGUCAGACGAUUUAAUGCUGUACCAUGGGGCAGUCACAGGGGGAGCUGAGGGAGGAGGCCUCGGCAUUUCUGCGAUACUCAUCCUUCUACCCUCCCUGUCCCCAUCAAUGUUAGUCAUAAGGAAUGAUCUUAUGGGCUGCCUGUGGGUCCAUUUUCCUUUGAUGUCUUCAAAGCAAGCACAACGCCCCUUCUGAGGGUUUUAUGGAGACCUCUCUUUUAAAGUCACAUUGUGUG